GAGACACACAUGAUAGGUAAAGGGACCCUCCUCCCAUUAUAAUGGCAUGUAUGACGAAAGAGGAAGGGCUCCUCCAUCUCUCCCCUAUCCACUUCGGCCAUACCACCCAAAAAGGAGAGGGGAAGUCUCCAACAUCUCAUCUCCAUGUCCAAGAACCGAGCUCAAGGUUAGAGGUGGCUCAAGGAAGAAGAAAAGCUAGUAUAAGUGAUGAAAAACUUGGGAAAAUCGAGGAAUUUUACCAAGGUAUUAUAGACUUCUCAAAGAAUCUAGGAGUGGCUGGAAAAGUCGCCGGAGCCGCCGGAGUUUUCGCCAGAAAAUUCCAAAAGUCGCCGGAGUUCAAACGAAGAGGAUAAAAGCAUGCUAGCGUCAUUUCGAGGUUGAAGCUAGAGCUUACUUCCUGCACCCGUUGUUUUGGAGAUCGAUGGAGAGAAGACGUGUUUCAGGUAGAACUUGAAGGUUGCUACUAUCAGCCACUGUUUCGGGAAGUUUCUGAGAAGAAGACUUGGUUCGUGCUUCUUCCGUUCUUGUUUUGAAAACAAUAUGAAAAAUUCUCAUGGAUAUUAUUUUCUGAAUAUACAUUUCGGGGGUUUGUAUACCCAUGUUUGCCAAGUGUGGCUUGUACACUUGUAAUGUUGUUUCCGCUGUUUUAAAUGAAUGAUUUACAUUAUGUUUGUUUAUGGAUGUACUAUGUGUGAAUGAUAUUCAUGACGCCUUGUAUA